AUGGGCAGGUGGGGUGCUUACCUCGUCACCGUCGGUACUGAACCGGGCGUGUAUGACUCUUGGGACGAGGCUGCUGACCGAGUGAUGAAUGUGCCCGGAGCGAUAUACAAAGGAUUUCCUAGCAAGCAGGAGGCUCAAAAUGCAUUCCGCAAGGCGCAGGCGCAAGGGAGAGUCAGGGCGGUUCAAACCGGCACGAACAUCUAUCACAGUGUACCGCCGCCCACACAGACGGCAACGCCGACCCACAGCUACGCGGCUCCCUUCACCCCGCCUGGUGGACGACUUGCGCGCGCCACCAGCAUGCAACCUUCCAGUCCAGCCUCUUCGUACCAUGGUGCACGCACCUCGUCUUCUCCUACGACAGGAGUGACCAAGAUAGAGCCCGGCUUCUCCAGCCGGAGUGUGAGCGCAAUGAGCUCUCCAGCCUCACACACGAGGUCUCCCCAGAGGAUCGUGCGGAGCCGCACGCUCGAUGCGCAGGUGCAGACCUACAACCCGCCGACCUCGCCUGUGCCGCGCUCUCCCGCCACCCCUCGUGGCAGCGCGAGCUACUGUACAUGUCACUCGACGUGCCCAAAGUGCCACCAGCGUUACCCUCCCGAGCUCCGGUCUGCCAGCCGUAGCCCGUGGACUGGCCCCAAGCAUGAGCAUCGCUCGCCUCCGCGGUCACCCAAGCAUGAGCAUCGUUCGCCUUCACUGACACCGAACCUGACGCCGCUCGUCGGCCUUGGGCUGAGCCAGCCCAUGCAUGCAUCGAACGUUAUGUAUGAAGCUGGUCAGGACCCGCGCUCACCAGUGCAUCGCACCAUGCUCAUUCCCGCGAGUGUUCCCAUCUUCAACAGACCUUCUCCGCACAUGUCCAUUGACAGUGUGCUGUUCCGGCACUAA